GUCAUGGCUAUGUGGUAAAACCCUGUCUCAAAAGAAAUAAUAAUAACAACAACAAUAAUAAUAGGUGCUUUUGGUAUUCUGUGUUACAGCUGGGUAAACUGAGGCACUAGGGCUGUGGCACUAGGGUUAAGGCACACACAGAGGUGCUUGCUGGCAGAGCCUGGCUGAGCCUGGCCCAUGUGCAGCUUUGCAAAACCUAGCUGUUAAGACGAAAGCCCGUUCAGCUGAGAGGCCAUUCCCAGUCCCUGUGCUCCCUGCCUCGCACCCCCUCGGGCUGGGUAGCCAUUUUUACACCUACUCCAUUAGCAUUCAGUCAGAAUAGAAAAUGCAGGAAACCUCACUUGCUCGUUUUUCCCACGGGAUGCCAGAGUACGUGUGGCCCCUGCUUGUGUGAUAAUUACAGAUAGAAUGUACUUGAGAAGAUGUUGCUUAGAAAAUAAACUACGAUUCGAUUGGAUAAGAAGUUUAGCCCCAAAGGUGCUCCUGACAUGAGGGAAUGCUGAGGAACACACGGAUUUCUUUUCAGGCGUGGCCAUAGAGGAAAGGCAGUCUGUCAGUAGUGUGGGUUUGAGAGAAAAAAGGAGGCUGGGUCUGCAUCUGCCCCCUUAUAUGACUUUUAGGACAGGCUUUUUCGCAUCUCCAACCCUCAGUUUCUUCUCCUUUUGAUUGACAGUGGAAAAUGCCAUCAUGGAGGGUGGCUGUGAUGAUCUUGCAUAGAUAAAAGCACACCAAGUUCAAGAGGAGGGCUGAGCGUGAGGCCAGGGCUCUGGCUUAGUCAUCCAGGAGAGCCGGUGGAGAGGCAGCAGCCUGCUGUUCCCCAGCACACGUGAAAGCAGCAGGGACUGAGAGCUGCCAGUGAGCAGCCCCAGCACCAUAGCUGGAACUGGGUCCUCGUGACCUGGUCGGCCACCUGUUAUCUCAGAACCACCUGAGUCAAUCAAUCCACUCGGAGGCUGCACAGAACGCAGGAGCUUCGCCAGCAGACUGCAAAGAGGGAACUUCUCCUGGAAGAGCCAGGAAGCCUUUGAUCUUGGUGAGAAACUGCCUUCUUCUAUCUCCUCUAUCUCUAGGUCUCUAUCUAUAGGGAAGCUUGCUGGCCUGUUAUCCAUGCCCCCAUCCCUCUGGCAUUUAUCAUCCAUACAGCCGCCUUGCUAGGCACUCACGUAUAUUCAUGCUAGAACCUACUCAUCCAUCAGAACGACCCUCCAUCCUUCCGCUUCUCUCCUUUGCAAAGGGAUCAUACAAACCUGGGUUGGAGCCCCGGGUCCUGCUUACUAGCCGAUCUUGGGCAAAUCCUUGACCCCCUCAUCAUCCUCUUAUCUGUAAAAUAAUGAGCAAUCAGAUGUAGCUAGGACGGAGAAUUAAAAGGGAGGUGGGCUGUCUAGUGUUUGGUCUCAGCAAUUUGUUAUGAAAUGUUUGCAUUUUCUUGUUUCUGCUACUGGGCUGGGAGGGAUGCAGAGAGGAAAAAAACACUGCGUUUUACAUGGCAUGUGGAGCUGAUGUUUGAGAAUUACCUGGGAUGUUUUGGCUGUGGCCUGGGUACCUUGGGGAGUGGUCUGUCCGGGACACACAGCAGAGAGUGCCACCUAGUGGACCAGCACCCGGUGGGGGGUCCCAGGACCCUAGCCCCCUGGGCUACAGGCUGCCCCUGUUGAGAUGUAGUAUACGCUCUGUCUAAAGGCGCCUUUUGUUUUGUGGAUGAUGGCCAGCUCUGUCUUGUCUACGCAGUCCAACUCUUUCAGGUUUCCGUGAAAAACGGAUAAUUCAAGUAACAGCUGCUGGCUGCCAUGUCUAAUUUUGGUUUGAUAUGGGGCUGGGGGAUCUGUAUGUACCUGUCUCCAAUUUGCCUGACAGCCCUUGGAAGUAACCAGAAUUGGGCCCAUUUUCAGGGAGAAAACUGAGGCUCACUAAAUUUGUACUUGGUUAAAGCGCUGAAUUUCAAGCUGUACUUACCUUUGAGAACCCCACAGGCCCCUUGAAAGUGCAGCAAGUACUUUGGGCAGAGAUCUAAAUAAGCCAAUCAUAAAAGAAAUUUAUGAGUCCUUCAGGAAGAUUUGGACACUGCAUAGAGGUUAGAUGGCAGAAAAGAAAAGCCGUUAAGUGGUUAACUGAGAUAAUAGUAUUACACGUAUUUUUAUAAAAAUCGGGGUAAUGGAUAGCAUCUUUAUGUUUUUAUGAAGGGGACAGCCCCUUUUCAGAGAUAAAUAUUCAAAGAUGCACAGAAGAGACAAUAUGAUCUCUAGAAAUUGCCUCAACAGUCCGAGGCUGGGGACUGGGGCGGUGGGGAGCGAGGGAGGGUCCAGAGCUCAGAUGCAGCACAGGGAUAGAUGGAUUUCGUGGGCUCUGCAUCUAGAUGAUGAAAUAAAAAAAAGUUAAAACUGCGGUGUUUAAGAACACAUUGCUUUCUCUGCUUACAUUGUCUGAAAAAUCUCCAUAAUAAAUGCUGGCUUUCUUUUUUAGCAACAAGUGAAAAUCAAUGCUACUCAGUAAGAAGUGGGGUCUAGGAAAACCCAAAGCUCAGAGGGGGCUUUGGGUCUAAGUUCAGUCUAGCAGAAUGUUGUGGGGCUGGCUCACAGAUAUCUCCAAGUGGCAGAAGGACUGAAGAAACAAUUACUACAAAUUGGGUGGACAAAAGGGUAAGUGCCAGUGCUGGGGGGCACUGAGGAAUAGGUACCCACCAGAGGCACACCAUCUAGCUCUCUGGUGGCCUGCGUGCUCCUCCAGACCCUGCAGACCCCCACCAAAUGCACACCAUCAAGAUGCACACCAUCUAGCUCCCCACUGGCCCGCUUGCACCCCCAGACUCUCCCCUAGCUCUAAAGAUCCACAGCAUCUCUCCUGAAGGCAGAAACAGCAGCCUGCAUGCCCUCCUGCUGGGAUGCUGUGAUAGUUUAGUUAAGAGAACGGCACUGUCACCUGUCACACACACUGAGUAACCAGCUCAGCCACACUGUCUAGUUUCCUAUUUUGUUUUAUUUUUAAUUAAGCCUCCUUGGAAAGAUAAGAAUUGAUGCUUUUCUCCGUCAAACUGCUUGCCAAGCUGUCACAGCUGCUUUCUUCCACACUCUUUGCUCUCACUCAUAGGACAGUAAACUGCCUCACCUUGAAACCCCAAAACUGCCUGGUCCACUACCCCACUGUUCCCAGAGCCCCCACUUUCCUGAAGCUCCUGCAACAGCCACAGGCUCUGGCCCCAUCUUCGCUCUUCCCUUGGGUUUCCUGGGCGCCUGGCCACUACGCACUCCCUGCAAGCUUUCUCCCUCAGCUUUCAUUCCUCACUCUGGGAAGCAGACACCUGACAGCUCCGACCCUCAGCAGCUUGCCCGCCGCAGCCCCGUCUGCAUUGCAGCGCAGAUCCUGUGAGGGAAAGGGGCCUCUUGAAGCCACCCUGGGACACUGUCGCCCCCCCGCCCGCCUUCUUCCUCUGCAUCUGCUGCAAUUAAAGCGCCGCCGCAGAAAUCCAAAGCACAGGUCCCUCCUUUUCUUGCCUCCCCCUCCUCAUUUAAGAAUGCAAAAACUUGUAGCCCAGGCAGCCCCCUUGUGGCACUUGGGGGCGCCACAGACUCUUGGCUGGUGUCUGAAGAUUUGAGACCAUUUCCACUGCACCCUGAGUUGACACAAAUCUUAAGUGGCUCAACUCCUAUCCAAAGCAGAACUUUGCUCUCUGCUCCUUUGUAGGAAUCACCUCUCCCCUCCACUCCCCUCCACUCCCCUCCUCUCCCCAUCUGCAUCAUGCUCUGUAGGAAGGGGAGCAGCCUGAGUUCUCCUGUUCAAUACAGCUCUGACAAGCAAACAGGUGUCUGGCAACAGCAGCCAUUACCAGAAAAGGUUAUGGGAGUGGGAUCAUCUCUUAAAAUGAUGCUUGGUGCCUCUCUCUACCACAUAGGAGUGGAAUUGUCUCUUAGAAUGAUGUUUGCUUUCUAUUUCUCUCACACAGAUGGCAAAUUGAGAUGAGAAAAGGUUCAGGGUCCCAGUCUAUAUCUGAGGAAGGGGCUUGGGGUCCCCCCCACCAUAAGUGGUCAGUGUAGGGCACUUCCCUGAGAUGAGGGGGCUGCAUUAGGAGGUCUCUGUUCCCAGCUCUCAGCCCCAGACACUUGAAGAUUACACUUUGCACCAGGAAGCUCACCAGAACCCGGGAACAUUUGGAUCUCUCUAGCUCGCCAUCCACCCAAACAAAUCCUAGCCCCCACUAUGUCUGCAAUUUGAUUAAAGAUAAGUAGGGGCCCUCUCCUCAUCAGGUUAAUAAUAUCAUUUUCACAAGCCUCUUCUUAUAGGUCCUUACACCUAAUUUUGAACCUGCCCUCCAAACUGAUUGGGCCAUAAAAGAGCCGAGAUCUCAAGUACACUGGGAGGUGCUUAAAACUAAUCAAUCCAUCCUCUGCCCAUCCACAUACCCCCCAACACUCAGCACAGCCUCGCUAGGCAGUCUUCAGCAGCAGGGUGUGGUGGGGAGCCGGGGAGAGCCUUGGGUUACAUCAGCUGGGAGACGGUGAGUAUAGGACUUGGCCUUUCUGUGCCUUAGCUUCUUCGUCAAUCCAAUACAGAUCAUGGACUCCUAUUUGUGAGGUUCCCCAUGUGAGUGCUAGACAGACAUCCCAGUUCAAGGCUUCUUCCGGGGGCUCCAUAAAUCCCCACUGCUACCACCCGCCCUUGAGUGCAUUCCUGUGUGGUAAACUCUUCCCUGUUUGUUUUCUCCUUCAGAAUGAUUGCAGUUCGAAGACAGGAAGCCGACUGACCGACCGACCGAUCGACCGACCGACUGACUGACAGACCGAGCGAUCGGCCGACCGGCCAACUGACAUCAUCACUUUAGCCCUAGCCUUGCGCUAGGGACGUAGGAGCUUCCUGAAAGAAGGGAGGAUCGAGUUCAGCAGGACCACAGGAGAUCCACUUGGACACUUGCGACCAAGGUUCUGAUCUCCACGGUUGCGGUCUCUGACCACACUCAUCACAACCUUACCUGUCUUCAGAGCUCAGUCCUUUCCAACCGACGACAUGAUGGAACCCUCUGAAGACUCAUUUGAGACGAUGAUGGAGCUUAAGAAUCCAUCAUCAAAACAAAUGGAGUCCUCCGAGGGCUCAUCCAACACCGUUGAGAAGACACCAGGCAGCAGCGGGGCACAGGCGCAAGCAGAGGCGGGCUCAGACAGUGGCCCCGUCCAGGAGGGAGAAGAGCCACCCAGUGGCCCCGUCCAGGAGGGAGAAGAGCCACCCAGUGGCCCAGAGGGAGAAGAGCCACCCAGUGGCCCCGUCCAGGAGGGAGAAGAGCCACCCAGUGGCCCAGUCCAGGAGGGAGAAGAGCCAUCCAGUGGCCCAUUCCAGGAGGGAGAAGAGCCCAGUGGCCCCGUCCAGGAGGGAGAAGAGCCCAGUGGCCCAGUCCAGGAGGGAGAAGAGAUACCCAGUGGCCCAGUCCAGGAGGGAGAAGAGGGAGAAGAGCCAUCCAGUGGCCCAGUCCAGGAGGGAGAAGAGCCACCCAGUGGCCCCAUCCAGGAGGGAGACGAGCCCAGUGGCCCAGUCCAGGAGGGAGAAGAGCCACCCAGUGGCCCCGUCCAGGAGGGAGAAGAGCCCAGUGGCCCAGUCAAGGAGGGAGAAGAGCCACCCAGCGACCCCGUCCAGGAGGGAGAAGAGCCACCCAGUGGCCCAGUCCAGGAGGGAGAAGAGCCAUCCAGUGGGCCAGUCCAGGAGGGAGAAGAGCCCAGUGGCCCCGUCCAGGAGGGAGAAGAGCCCAGUGGCCCAGUCAAGGAGGGAGAAGAGCCACCCAGCGACCCCGUCCAGGAGGGAGAAGAGCAGUCCAGUGGCCUUGUCCAGGAGGGAGAAGAGCCACCCAGUGGCCCAGUCCAGGAGGGAGAAGAGCCACCCAGUGACCCAGUCCAGGAGGGAGAAGAGGGAGAAGAGCCAUCCAGUGGCUCUGACCAGGAAAUGCAAGAGCUGCCCACUGAUGAAGAGCUAUCCAGUGACUCAUAUGAGGAAAGCGAGGAUUCAUACAGUGACGAAGACCUGGACAGGACCUACUACAGUUCAGAUCCACUCAGUGAGGCAACUGAUGGCAUAGAUUCCAUGUAUGGGAGCCAGGCAAAUGACGAGACUGACCUGGAAGAUAGAAGUGGGGAGCUUGAAGGCGAGGGUCAGCCCAGGAGCUCUCCAGAAGAAGUCAUGGCCACGAUGGGGACCAUCAUCUCCAUGUUCCUCCGAAUGCAAGAUGUCAGACAACAGCACAUAGUGACAGAGGAGAUCUUGACACAAGCCAUGGAGGACGGCCAGCUGCCCACCAUCAGGCGCUUCUCUGGAGAUCGAAGAGAUUACCAUGAGUUCCUCGUGCUCUGCCAGAUGACCAUGCAGAGCCACGCAUCAAUGUUCUACAAUGACCAGCUGCGAGUUAGGUUUGUCAUGCGCCAUCUGUCUGGCCUAGCCUUGGAGUGGGCCAACGCCCUGGUAGAGGAGAACAGCCCCCUGAUAAACGACUACGAGGGCUUCCUGCAGGCCAUGUCAGAUAUGUUCGAGUACCGGCAGACUCUACGUGUGGCAGAAGACGCCAUGUUCAAACUCAGGCAGGGGAACCGCAGUGUGGCCGAUUACAUUAAUGAGUUCCAGAGUCUGGUACCCACCUUGGGCUGGCCAGAUGAAGUCCUGCAGGCCCACCUGUGCCAUGGGCUCAACGAAGACAUCAGGCACUAUCUGUUCCGGAUCCCUCAGCCGAAUUCCCUGAAGAAUCUGAUGGUGGUCGUCCUGCAAAUUGAAGACAAGCUGGCAGAGAGGAGAGCAGUGCUCAGGCUGCCCCCCGAGUCUCGCCCAAGGAACAUGACCUGGAUGGACUCACCUGCCCCAGAGAAGUGGCGGGUGAGCAGCUGGCUGUCCCAUACGUACCAUCCAGACAUCGACCGUGCCCACCUCUUCCUGCUGCUCAUGGUGAGGGUGAGCCCCUACCAGAGUGUCGCAGUACAGGCUCUGGUGGACUCCGGAGCAGAAGGGAACUACAUGGAUGAGAAGUUUGCCCAAGAACACUACGUGGAGCUCUAUGAGAAACCCUAUCCACAGGCGAUCAAAACUGUGGACGGCUCCCUGAUUGGCAACGAACCCAUCUGGCUAUACACUGAACCCCUGAUGUGCAUCCAACAGAACCAUUAUGAGUACAUUGAAUUUGACAUCGUACCUUCGCCCCACUACUCUGUGGUCUUAGGCAUCAAGUGGCUCCGAACCCAUGCACCUGACGUCGACUGGACCAGAGGCCGUUGCACCUUCCACUCUCCCUACUGCCUGAAGAAUUGCUUCCACCCACCCCCACCAUGCAUCGCACUGGAGAAAUACAGCGUGAGCCUGCUACCCGGAUUGCCACACUCGUACUCAGACCUGGCCGACGUGUUUAACCCGAAGGAAGCAGAUGAUGAGACUUCCGACCAGCCAAGCUCAGACGGAUCCGAUGAUCUUUCUGAAUCAGAGCCCUCUGAGCUUCAGCAGGCUGGAGACAGUGAUCGAAACGACGUCUUUUAUGAGUCUCCUUCCAAGGUGCCUUGGGAAUCUGUGGCAGCCAGGAUGCAACAAAAAGCCAGGCAGCAAGAGGAAUACUGGAUUUUGUAUGACAUGCUGACGGACAGACAGGACUACGUACAGAUGAUGCCAGAACUCUUUGACCAAUUACAUGGAGCUGCAUGGUUCACAAAACUGGAGCUGCGUAGGGACAUUAAGGGAACCAAUGAGACCUAUAGCGUCUCACAUACAGAAGACACAUGGAAAGCAACAUUUGGUUUGACUGAUCACCAGAUGAGAUGCUACCGGCCCUUCACAUUGUGCUCAUUUGCCGACAAAUCUGAUAAUGAGAUUCACUCUAUCCUAAAAGACAUCCUAGGCUUCUACGUGAUUUGCCGUGGCCAAGAAGUCCUGAUCUACUCAAUGACCCAGGAGGAACACUACGAGCAUGUCCGCCAAGUUCUGCUUCGCUUUCGCCAUAACAAUGUCUACUGCUCACUGGACAGAAGCCAGUUCCAUUGCCAGACCGCAGAAAUCAUGGGCUUCGCACUAUUCCCCAAAGGGGUGAAACUCAACAAGACCCUCAUGAAUCUCAUUACGGGGUGCCCUGCCCCUGGCAACAGGAGGUGCCUCCAAGCCAUUAUCGAACUCAUGUAUCCCUACCGCCACUUUGUGGAGCACUUCGCCAUCAUCGCAGAGCCCCUGGUGAGGCAGCUGCUAAGUUCAGCACCCUUCUACUGGGGAGAAGAGGAGCAGGAGGCCUUGGAAUGCCUGAAGAGGGCUUUCCGCAAGUCACCCAUUCUCUACCACCCCAAGCCUCAGAACCCAUUCUACUUGGAAACAGGCAUCACUGGGUCAUCCCUAUAUGCCUCCCUGAUCCAAACUGAUGAAGAAACUGGCAAGAAAGCUACCUGCGCUUUCUACUCACGAAAACUCUCCCCAAUGGAGGUGGAUUACCCUCAAGUGGAGCUGAGGAUCCUUCCAAUUCGGGCUUCCUUCAUGGUGUGGAGCCGCUACCUGGAGAACACCGAGGAGCCCAUCAUGAUCCUUCUCAACACAGAGGAUCUAGCCUCUCUGAAUAAUGACAGGCUCACCGUACUUCUCCCCGGGCAUUGGGUCUUCUUCUUCUCUCACUUCCAUUUUGACGUAAUGGAGUUGCCUGAUCAAGAUGACACCCGAGCCCUGUCCUAUAGGAGAAGUCAAAAUCAGAGAGGCUUCAGGGGCAGGUUUCUGCGGCCACUGCUGCUGCUUGCCCUGAGGGGAGGUCAAAGGGAUUUAUCCUCUGAGUCCCAGUCCGAAGACAGUGAAGACGAGUCAUAUCAAGAGUCGGCGGAGUUGAAUCGGCAGAGCCUGGUGCAGGAGCUACUGUCCACCAUCCCAAUAGAGCAGAUUUUCAACAGCUUCCUGGCCCAAAUCAAUAUGGCCCAGGUCCGGGCCUUCGUCUACAACUUCUUCUAUUGCCUGCUCCGCUGGAAGAGUGUCGUGAGUGUGGCAGCUCUCCUGGUGAUAAUGAGGGUGAAGCGGCAACAAGUCUCUCCGCUGCCUGGCCCCUCUCUGGAGGUGGACUACCCUCCGCCCCGACACACACUCCGACUCAUCCUGGACUCGAGCCUCAUUGCAGGUAGUGGCAUGGUCACAGCUCUUAUUCAGUUGUUCAGCCAGAUGCCCCCUCUUCUGGGUGCCAACACCAUUCCCGCUCGACAGUUGGCCGAAAUGUUCAUACGGCCCAGGUGCUGGCAGCGUAAUGCUCUGCAUUCCCAGCCACCACGGGGCCUGCGAUUCACCCCUGGGUUCUGGUUCACCCUGUGUCACUUCUUCGGGAUCAGAGCCAACCCUGAGGAGGACGUCUUCCCUGGCCCGCAUGAGCGCCGAUACUUGGAGCUGCACGUCGUUGGUGAUGAAGAUGUCGUCUUGCGAGAAGCCCUGCAAGACGACCUGCAACGUUACCGUCAGUGUGGCCUGCAUGACGGCCUGCAAGACACCUCGCAGGACGCGCAGGACAACGACGUGCAAGAAGCCCUGCUUGGCGACCAAGAAGCGGUCACCUUCCGCCCACAAGAUCUGUUGGACCCAGAGGUCCUAGCUUUCCUCAACAACCGCCUACUCUACAUUCUGGGUGCCGAUGGCCGACUUACUCUGAUCAGCAGAGACGAAGUGGCCCAGGCCCUCACACGAUUCCUGAUCAUGGCCUCCAGAAUAAGACCGCCUCCUCCACCCAGCAACACACUAUCUUCAUCAGAUGAUGAACUUGACUGAAACACAACAAAGACUCUGCCAUCCUUCCUUGUGCUCAGCCAGCUUCGCUUAAAUCCAGCGCCCCUUCUUGCCACUCCUGACCCAAGGGGAACCCAUUUGUGAAGGGCCACGACUUCAACUCAACCAGCAACGUCAUCUCUGCUAAAGGACUAGUCGACUACCAGCGUUCCAGAACCAGCUAAGACUGUGUAUGCAACCCUGUCCAAACUGUCCAAGACUGCGCAACCCUAUCCUAGCUGUCCGGGUCCCAAGCCCACAGCUGAGAGUGAGAGCAAUGAGAGAGGAAGCAGUGAUGAGCAACAAUGACCCUGUCAGCCCAGGCCAGAUGCAGAGCAGGCACAGCAGGCACAGCCAAGCAAGCAAAUGCCAGAACCCCCCCCCCACCACCACCACCACCCAAGUGGCGUGUGGCCACCUGUGCAUCCUGGGACACUGACCUCGGGUGCUCCACUGACUUCUACCUCCACACCGGUGUUCCAACUCCCCUGGGCCCCACCUCCACCCCCUCCCAGCCUCCCGAGGUACUGCAGUGCCAUGCCUCCCCGAGUCCCAGCCCACCCAGCAAGCAAGUCCACCCCACACUAUCCAUCUGGUCUGCCUCCCCUGACACUUCAGCUGACCCUGAACUCUGAACUCUGACCUUACCUGAGCAGAGCUGCUCAAUGGGGCAUCUGACGUACCAGUGUGACUUACCUGAUAGACUUGUCCACCUUGAAGGUCCUCGAGACUCAGGGGACACCAAAAAAAAAGGUGGUACCACCAAGUGGGGCUCCCUUUUCCGAAACUGGACAGUGCAGGGGCCAGAGACCCCACAUAAAGAAAGGAGCCCCCAAGGACACUGGUGAAGCCCCGGACACCCAGCCCACUGUGCCUAUGAACCAAGAGUGCUCUGAGCAGACCCACUGCUCUCUGUGAUGGGAAAGAGCUCCUUCCCAUAUUUUCCCAUCCCACUUCUGUUUUUGUCCCACAAAUAAAGAGAAUAAAUGAUGAUCUGGCUUUGUGCUUUGUUCUAAAAGGGAGGGGGUGAUAGCGAGAGAUAGGUUUGGGGAACAGUGAGCAUGGGGGCAGAAAGGAUGGAGUCAGUCGAGAGGGAUGGGGGUGGGCCAGUACAAGGGGGGGGAGGGGCAUGGGCAGGAGGGCUUGACUCACCCCUAAACAGCUCAUGGAGACACAGAGCAACAGGUCUCCCUUCUUCUCCUAGAGAGAGGGAAGCCACUCCACUCUCACCCCCUCAAGCUCAUUUCAAUGGGAACUACACAUGGGAAGGAGACAUGGGGGCUCAUAGGGGCAGAGGGAAGGUACCCCAAAAUCCAUGUCUUUCUAGAGUCAUAUGACAAAUGAGAAGGAGUCAGGCCAUGUUCUAUGCUCAUGACUAAGGGGACACCACACACACAGCCUGGGUCAUUCCCACAGUUGGAAAGAUUCCCAAUAAAAAAGACCUGGGUCCCUACCCUAUGGCUAUCCUGAGGGUACAUUGGUCUGGGAGUAGGUAGGAGCUCCUGGGGGAGUGGAAAGAGGGGGAGUAGCUCUCAUUCACAAAGUCUGUACCGCUACUCAGAAGUACCCCUUCUACAGGAAGUCUACCAAAUGGCUCUCCCAGUGUGACCUUAAGCAUAGCACGGAGAUUCAAUCCACAGGACCCUCACAUCCAAGGGAGACUAGCUCUAGCUCAGGUCUUUAUGGCCUGCCUGGAAAUCUGACCUCAAGUUAACUGCAAGAGACCUCCUUUGUCCUGAGAAUGUGGCAAGGCCCUGGAUACCCAAUGUGAUCCCACCUGUAGCAACAUAGCUGAGCUUGGGGCCCAGAGAAAUAUCCUGAGAGCCAAAGACCACAUCCCUCUAUGCCCUCUCCAGCCCACACUGGGAUCCCUCUGCACCCGUGAGUCCCGAGGAGCAACUGGCUACGGUCUAGCCUCCUUUACAAGGAAUCUACCCCUGACAGCAGCACCAGGAGAUCAUGGGCAGGAUCCCCGGUUUAAGGUCAGGGGCUCAGCCUCACCUUAGCACUUUGUCCUGCUCCUAAGGAAGUUGCCGGUGCCCCUCCCAGGCCCUGUAAAGAGGACAAAUUCUCCUAUCAUCAGUCCCGCUGUGCAUCAUGAAGAGCUAUGGGGGACUUCUGCAGGAUUUCAAAGGGGUCCCAAUGAAGUGUUGAGUACAACCAUCACGGAGUUCCUACCCCCCGUCUCAACCAGAAACUUUCUGGUGUCAUCUGUCCUGAAAAUCAUGGUACAGAGAGGACCACAGAGAGCGGUGGUCACAGGCAGGCCUGGGGAACCUCCUUUGUGGCUUCUAUUCUCUCACCUUAGGCCCUUCUACGCUCACAACCUAUGGUCUCAGAACCCAACACGUGACCCCCCACAUACAGCUGACAUCACAACAGCCCCAGAGACAGAGGCUGUUGUUGUCUGUCUGUCUCUCUAAGACAGCCCCAAAUGCCACGGUAUGGGUCAAGUUCAGAGGUCCAGCUGCAACAAUCCCAGCAUUCCUUAAAUAAACUGCUUACAGAAGUCCCUGGCCCCAAGUUCAGGAGGACUACCCUCCCACUGACCUGCCUUCCUAUUCCCUAAGUGGGGCACCUAAAAGAGGGGUCAGUUUCAAGACAAGGCCAUCAUCGGAGCCUUUGGUUCCUAAAGUACUCCCCGGCUCCCACGACACUCUGCUUGAAAUUCCUAAGAAGGGGCCCAUGACCUUGAGGUGGGACUGGGGUCCUAAUGGGGAGAACAAGCUCACCGCUGCUGUACCCUGGGGACCUCACACACAAAGCUGAACCUCAAAAACAAAAUUCUGUCCCUGCUUGAUGAGGACCUGUCUGGAUGCAGCGGAUGAACAGAUGACGCGUAUGUGCCUGCUGCUGUCAGGGGACCCAAGGCCUUCCACAGGAACCAGGAGAAGUGGAAAAGGAAACUUGUCAAUGGUGAUGAUGUCAUCACAGAGGUGGGCGCAUUUACCCACCUCCCACACCUACACAGAAAGUGAAGGAUCAAUAAAGGCCCACUAGCCUGCCAAUCUACCCAGCAGGGGCUUUGUCCCCAUUUACAGGAGGAGAAGGC